AUCAUUUGGGACGUCGCCGUCGCGUGUUUGGCAUUGAGCGUGAAGUUCCAUCGCGACGUCUUCCUUCCAUUGUACUCAAUACCGGCACACGAGUUCAUGGCGAUCGCACCUCAUUCCAUUUCAUAUGAUGAUUUCGAAGCAGCUCAUCGUGACGUUCUGUAUGCCCUCUCUUACUCGGUCGGCAGCGUGACGCCGGGGAUGUACAUGCAGGAGCUCUGGGAAGCUCUGCCCAGUUUGCGUCAGGCCCUCGGUUUUGACAAUGGUUGGAAGAUUGCACAGGAGGAGACGUGGGCCAUUCUACUCGAAGCCAUGAUGCAGCCGGACGUUCUGCGUUUUUCCAUGUCCCUCCUAACCGCCUCAGCAAUGAUCGACGGAAUAAUCGAAUCGCUCGUACAUAAGUAUUGCCUUGAUGCUUCUCUUGCGAUGCCGCGUAGAGAGGCGAGCGGUCGUCGCGCCGCCUUUUUGGAGAAGGCAACGUCCGCCGCAUCACGUGCGGCACUUGACAUCCUGGAAUUGCUAGAGCAUCCUGUGGUACGCCUUUACAUAAUUGGAGCUACUUUGAGACUGACGUUACUAGGAGGACGCACAUCUGUGCCGCGACUGGUUGCGGUCGACGGUGCGAGAUGUUUGACUUGUCUGUCUGUGGGUUCUGUUUUGUUAUCAAUAUCAUGGUAUUGUGGGUUCAUGCUGUGGUCGCGCUUUCGCUCGUUGUCGUUGUUGUUGUCGUUCUGUCUUUUUCUUGAAAGGUUCUCCCUGAUCAAGACAUUUCCAUGA